GACCUUAAUCUAAGAGCAGCGUUCUCGCGGGUUUCGUCGACAGCGCCAUUUGGUGCUUGGUGAGCUAUACGAGCGCAUAGAUACGCAGUAAUCAUCCAAGCGCUCGGAAGCGCACCGUUCUCAGCCACACAUACGAAAUCAGCCGCAUCCACCAGCCAAAGAUGUGCGCCGCGCUGCUCAAAGCAGCAGCGCUCGCCUCGGCCGCCGCGCUCGCGAGCGCGGCCACAACCUCUACCUUCGCCAUCCGCGACAUCCCCGGGCCCAACAUAGGCACCCCGGCACAGUCGCGCCUUCAGUAUAAGCUCGCAAACUACGAGCGCGACCCCGCGACGUACCAGGCGUUCUGGCCCGAAGCCGAGGAAUUGUUAUUGCUGCUCUGCACGGACCCGGAGCUCUCGUACGCGAAGAACCGCUAUGUCGCAGGCGAUGUCGACGAGAACUUCGCCGGCGCCGGGUCCCGCUCGGCCGCGGUGCUCUCGAUGAACGCCAUGCACCACAUCGUGCGCGGCACGUGCACCGACCGCUUUAGAUCUGAUAAAGCGAGGCGAGCGUGUCACCUCGCCAUCAAGAUUAUGGGCUCCGCCACGGUAAAGGCAGCUGAUGACAUGAAAAAAUAUAUACAGCGCAUCGAGCAUCUUUUGACUGUAUGCACGACAUACCUCAUUCACGGCGGCAAGGACGACGGCGGCGAGGACUCGCUGGCGUGGAGACAGAUAACCACCGCCUUGGCAUUGUUCGCGCUGUGCGCGUUCGCGGCCUUUAACGCGGCCGUGCGCGGUUCUAGGCGGGACGCGCCAUCCAGAAAGGCGCUCGAGAGGCACCUCGAGGCGAGCCACGACAACGUCCGCAAGCCCAUUACUAAUCUCUUCAACGAGGCGUGUCCGGGCGUGAACGUGUCGGGCACCCAGACGGCGUGCUUUCUGGCCAUCGCCACGGUCGGGGCGUGGAAGAAAGCGGAGACGAUGGUGCCGUGCUUCACGGGGACGGUGUUCGAGGCUAGCCGGUCGGAUUUGUGCUCUGUGCAUCGGAAUCGCUUCUACAAGAUUCCGGCGCAGUCGUGGUAUUUGCUGGUCUUCAUUUUACACUGCGACCUUCGGUGUAGAAUCACUAUUUUAUCGUUCUCGACUGGCGCCUCACUGGUUGAUCUCCCCACAGUUGGCCUCUGGCUGCCCUUCGUCGCGCCCCUUCUUGGGCCGGUGCGCUACUUGUGGGGAACGCGCAUCGCGUCCGGCCUAGCAUAUCACCUCUUCCGCCCGGAUAGUGCCACCUGGUUCGGGUGCAACUUCCUGUACGUGCGGCUGACCUCCGACGACUAUGAUGCGCUGAAAGAACAUUUGAAGGGGCCGCAUUAUUGCCUCGAUCUCUACGACCCGAACGUGCUCGCGCUGAUCCAGCGGGCGGCGCAGAACGGCGAGGCGGCCGGGCACGUCGAGUUCCUCGAGACGCUCUUCUCCAAGCCCGCGAACUACCACGUCAAGGAGACGUGGGCGUAGAGGUUCGUCUGCGCGGUGUCGUCAGCGACGGCGGGGGUGUAUGUGAUAAGACAAAAACACAACU